AGUGAUGCAAAGUGUGGUAGGUGAGUGCUCUGUCCAGCAGCACGGGGCUGUUUUUUUUACACGGACCCACAUGCCGGGCGGACUACCCCGGAGGGCAGCGCACUUGGUUGCAUUUUGGACCUGUUGGAUAUUUGGCUGGUGCCUCUAAGCGUGAAGCCGGUGCACAUAUUUAAUUAUCUCACAAUGGUUUUAAAAGAUGCGGCACCUUUUCGCGAAUGUUGCGGAAAACGGGUAGAGGACUGUUUGCCUUGCUGUUGAUAGUGCUGGAGUGGACCCGCCCAGGCCUACCAUCCCCACUAAGGCCAAUCUGUGACCUGAGGGUCCUGAACCAUUUCAUCCAGGAAGCCCGAGACGCAGAAGUUGCUAUGAAGUCGUGUAGAGAAGGAUGUGGCCUAUCAGAGUCUGUCUCUGUUCCCCAAACAACAGUCAACUUUGAUGACUGGGAAAAGAAAAGUGCACUGGAAAAAGCCCAGGAAGUGCAGACUGGUUUGUGGCUUUUACAACAGGACCUCAGCUCACUGCAGACAUCAGUCACCAACACAGCACUAAACAGCCACAUAGACAACACUGUCAGAAACCUGCUCAGCAUCAACGCUGUGCUGCGUAGCCUCAAUAUCCAGGAAUAUACCCCGACAGCAACUACAGAGAGCCUAGAGGGAACAUGGAGGGUGUCCUCAGCAGCAGAAUUGCUUCAAGUCCAUGUCAACUUCCUGCGAGGCAAAGUGCGCCUUCUUCUUUUGGAUGCACCAGCUUGUCAGCAAGAUGUCAGCUGAUAAGUUGAUUACCCUACUCCAGGCUAAAGUCAUUUGUGUUUCCAAAAGUACAAGGAGGAAAUUGACACUUAACCUGCGCACUGGGUGCUGGAUGCAGCGUGGGAAGAGAAGCACACAGCAGUACUCAGGAGGAAGCUGAAAGGAAAGGACAGUCCCAGCAAGGCUAUGGAUGGACGGAGAUGACUGCACCUUGGAAUGUAGAUGUGACUCGUGGACAUGUUGAAGCACACACUGACCAGAAUGAUGCCUUUGGGAAGCACUGCUCCAACAGCUGUUCUACGGGCACUGUGUUGCACUUUGUGUGUGGAUGUACCUGUGUGUGUGUGUGUGUGUGUGUGAGGGAGAGAGAGUUUCUGUGGAUCUGGUGUGUAUGUGUCUGUUUCCGGUGAGUUUGACCCCGACACUCAUCUUUUGCAGAGUGAAAUGUGGAGUGAAAGACCCAGAAAAUAUUGAUUGCACCUGGAAAUUUGCAGACUUUGAAGUUGCAAAGAGGCAAAAAUGAAUGAAAAUUCACCCAGCAUGCCUUUAACAUCCAACAUCUAUGCCUAACAGAAAUAUGAGCCUCACCUGUCGGAAUUGGUCAGUAAAUAAUUUAAUAUUUUUUAAGUUGUGUAAUAACUAUUUAUACUGAUUUUCUAAUUUUAAGCUCCAGUCUUUAGGUUAGUUGCAGGUCCUUAAGAUUUUAGGUGGUCUCUCUUUGUCUCACUCUCUUGUGCCACUGAACAUUUGCACAUUUGCAAAGGUAUUCUCAUUAUUUGCAAUGGCAAGCUGCUCUUCCUUUUUGUAAAAAUUGUAUGUAUCCUAACAUGUCAAUGCAUGUUCUCUCCAAGAACAGAAGCUACAAGGCUGAUGUUGAAUUUUGGUUGUAAUGAGAGAGCAAAAGGUCAGAGUGGAGGGACACAUGGGAACUGUGAAACUGUUGUUUUUCUGUCUAACCCCAACACUCAACCGUCUCCAUACACUGAUAGCCAGACUGCAUGGAAAAAAAUUACAAUUGACAUCCUGUGGAGCUGUAAUUGCAAAUAACUUUCCAGAACCUGACGCUAACACUGUGCCCCUCCCCCGCCAUUGUUCGUCAUCAAGGCAGACAAGCAAUCAGCUCGUCCUGGGAACUUGAGGCUUUCUUUAUAAGGGAUACUCAACCAU